GACAUACAGAUGAUGUUGGCUGCUGAAGUCCACCUCGGCACUAAGAACUGCGACUUCCAAAUGGAGCGUUACGUCUUCAAGCGCCGCAACGACGGUAUCUACAUUAUUAACCUUGGAAAGACAUGGGAGAAGCUGCAAAUGGCUGCGAGGGUUAUUGUUGCUAUUGAGAAUCCAAAGGACAUAAUUGUGCAAUCAGCCAGGCCCUAUGGCCAGAGAGCUGUCUUGAAGUUUGCUCAAUACACUGGCGCAAGUGCCAUUGCUGGCCGUCACACUCCCGGUACUUUUACCAACCAGCUUCAGACUUCAUACAGUGAGCCCCGACUCCUCAUUCUCACUGACCCAAGAACUGAUCACCAGCCUAUCAAGGAAGCUGCACUUGGGAACAUCCCUACUAUUGCUUUCUGUGACACUGAUUCACCGAUGCGCUAUGUUGACAUUGGUAUCCCUGCCAAUAACAAAGGGAAGCACAGUAUCGGUGUUCUUUUCUGGCUCUUAGGAAGGAUGGUACUGCAGAUGCGCGGUAGCAUUCCUCAGGGACACAAGUGGGAUGUCAUGGUGGAUCUCUUCUUCUACAGAGAGCCUGAAGAGGCAAAGGAGCAGCAAGAAGAGGAAGCACCUGCCAUUGCAGAUUAUGCAGAGUACGGUGGUGCUGCCCUUGGUGGUGAUUGGUCUAGCAACCAAAUCCCUGAUGCUCAAUGGGCUGCAGAUGGCGCACCUGCUGUUCCUGCAGUUGCUAGUGGCUGGUCUGGAGAUGGAGCGGUAGAGGGAGGUUGGGACGCUGCAGCUGCUCCUCCUGCUCAAGUUGCUCAAGUUUCUGGAGCAGAAGUGAUCCCUGCUCCAGCUCCUACUGGCUGGGAAUGAGACCUGCUUCCUUUAGAAAGUUCUUUUUGAUUAAGAUUAGAUAAUGUGAGUUUCUAUGACAGACGGUUUUGUUCACAAUGCAAGUUAUAAAAUUUUGGAUUUGGUGAUGUACUAAAUUAUUUUUAAUCAUUUGUAGCAUGUCUUUCCAGUUAACGUUUCUUGAGAA